AUGGGUAAGGAGGCGCCUAGGCCGUUGACGGCCAUGGGGAUUAUUCGGAAAGGUGCAAAUCUUUUCUGGAGGAGCGCUAAGCCCAUGCUCUCCAUCCUGGUUAUCAUUCUUGUGCUCAACUAUGUCUGCCUCUCUAGAACCUCGUCUAUCGUCGACUCUUCAAUUUCGCACUUCCUCAGGCGUAAAAACCUCCUACGCAGACUGGAGAAUGGUACUGACGCAUUUAAUUCGAUCGUUAACGAAUCUUGGGAUGAAAUCCGGCAGAUUAUCAGAGCCGUAGUUGUUGUGUCGUUGACUUAUUACCUGCUCUAUUCGUUCAUCGUUAUAGCGAUCAUUUACACUGUCGCCAUGGUCGGGAAGAGCCGGACGGUGGCCCUAAAGGACCUCGUCGUCAGGAUCCGGAGGACCUGGAUGGGCACGAUGGCCACAAACAUCUAUGUCUACUUUCUCACCUCGGGUUAUCUGAGCUUCUGCGUCUUGCUGAUGAGUGCUGUCGCCUUCUUCGGCGGCAUUUCCGCUGCGACUCUUGCCUUGAUCGCGGCCAUGGCCAUCCUGGGAUUUCUUUUCUUUCUACACUUGAGCAUGCUUUGGUCACAAGCCGUUGUGGUCUCCGUGAUGGAGGAAGGACGCUCCGGGAUAUUCGCUCUUGGAAGGGCAGCGGAGCGCGUCCAAGGGAUGAAGGGAUCAGGGUUCAGAGUAAACUUUCUCCUUUUCCUCGUUGUGGCCUUGGCCCAGACGUUGAUCUCAACAGCAACUUUUUUCCCUUUGCCCGAUCUGCUCAGCUCGAUCAUCUUCUCGUUAGUCUACCUGCUGGUGAUGGUGUUAAUCCAGGCCGUCAACGUGGUGUUCUACUACGAGUGCCAGGAGAAUCAAGAAGAAGCAGCCACGAGGAUGGAGAACUUAGCGUACACGAGGGCUCCACUCGAGGAACCAUGA